UUUAAGAUGUAUAUUAUAUUAUUAUAAUAUUAUAUUUUAAAUCGUGGAAUAUUCUAAGGUCGUGGCUAUGAUGGUGAUGCCAUAUAUUUUUGUAAAUGUUGUAUAAGUGUUAUCACUAUUCACAAGUAUUUAAAUUUGAAGUCUAAUAAUAUUAAUAUUAUAUUACAUUUUUACGCGGAGUAUGAACCAAGAUUGAAGAAUGUAAUAUCCAUCCUAUUGUUAUAUUUUAAUAAGGAACAAUAGUUGCUGGUAAUAUUACCCAUUCAAUUAAUAUUGCGAAUUUAAGUCUUGAAUUAAUAAGAAUUAAAUUUUAAACAUUUGUAAUAUAAUAUCCAGAAAUUGUUUUGUUCCUCAUUGUCAUGAAGGUUACAAAUCCCAAAUUAAAAAAAAAAUAAAUUAAUUACUUGGAAUAAAACAUAAAACAAUGUUCAAAGCGCCAAAAGAUGUACUACUUCUGGAGAAAUGGACUUAAACAAUCUAACGGAUUGAUACAAAAUUGUGUCCUGGGAUUGAUAGUGUAUGUGAAAAACAUUUCGAGAAACUUACAUAUCUAGAUAUUUUGAAACUAAGAUGCCUGAUGGUUCAAUUAAUCGAAUAGAAAGGAGUAGGUUAUCAUUAAAAAAAAUUCAAUUCCAUCAAUAUUUCCAGAUUUGUCACAGAACGUAAUUAAGAAUAAACAGAUUAAAAAACUUAAACUUAAUAAUAUUUUAUGUUCAAUUUAUAAUAUAUCUGUUACUUAUAAUAAUUUGCAAGAUACUUUAAAAAGCAUGGAAUUAUCAGCUGCGUGGUAUUUUUGUUGUGCACAUAGUUCAUUGAUAUUAGGUUAUUUAGAUUCUAAUCAUGAACUAAUAAAAAAAAUUAUUAUUUCAAGUAAUGACCUUAAUUUAAAGGAAUUUAUUAAAAAUAAGCAAGUUAACAUAAUACAGAUACCAGUUACAUCUAUUGAUGAUAUUAAGAAAAUUCUAAAAGCUGUUGAUGAUAUUAAAAUGUGUACUGGAGCUAAAAUUGAUAAUUGUAUGAAAUCUGAACAAUGUUGUGUCGAGUGUCCAAAAGAAAAGGAAUUUUCUAUGGACAUUCAAGGAUAACUCGAAAAAAAAAAAAAGACAGAAAACCAACUACAAAACUUUUUGUAAAGAAUGUUUAUUGUAAUAACAGCUUAAUGUAAAGUUUGUUAAGUUAAAAAGUCAGUAAGGGAAAUCGAAAAAACAGGAUUAAAGAAGCGAAAAGUUAAUGGGUAAAAUUUACUUGGCGAAGGUAAAUAAAUUAGGAUAACUAAAUGUGAUAUUAAUUAAUUAAAAUGUUAAUUUUUUUUAUCUGUGAUACAUAAAUGGAUACUUAAAAUAA